AUGACAAUAACCAAAGAAAAGGUACAGGAGAUCUUGAACAAAGCUGCCCUGCGCUAUCGAGGCCCAGGGGGUGCGAUCGCUGUUGUCAAAGAUGGCGAGGUCAUCGGCCAGCGCAUCUGGGGAUUCGCCCACCUGGACGAACGCAUCCCCAUGACACCUGAAAUGCAGUUACCCAUCUGUUCAAUUACUAAACAAUUUGUCUGUGCACUAUUGAUUGACCUGGAGCGCAACCCAACACCAACACUAGCUGCAAAAGGCGAUUUCCGGAAACAGCUCUCAGACCACCUCACCGAAAUACUAAGCCCGGAGCUCACCCGUGACGGUGACCUGACAAUCGACCAGCUAUGUGACAUGCAAUCCGGUAUGCGCGACUACUGGGCUAUGACCACGCUGUGGGGGUCCAAGCCCGACGACGAGUUCCUGCUAGCCCGAGACUGCGGUCCAAUGCUCGCUCGAAGCAAGUCAUUCCAGUUCGCGCCGGGAACGGAAUAUUCCUACUGCAAUGUCAACUUCCACAUCGUCGCCAGAGUAAUUGAGCGGGCUACGGGGGAGCCUCUUGACAAAUUGCUCAAAGAGCGAAUCCUCCGCCCGGCUGGUAUGAGCACGGCAUCCCUUUGUCCUUACACCGCAUAUCACCCACCGCCGUGUGUCGGCUAUGAGGGCGACGAGCAGCAUGGUUUUACAGCGGCCGUCAAUAGAAUAGAAUGGUCUGGUGAUGCUGGAUUAGUUGCCUCACUCACUGAUAUGAUCGCGUACGAGAAGUAUCUCGAUCAAUGUUAUGCUGAUCCGCAGAGCUGGUACCGUGCCGCUAUUGCUGAUCCGAAGUUCAAAGAUGGUACCCCUGCGAGGUAUCGGUAUGGGCUAAGUCACACUGACAUCGAUGGCGUGAAUACGAUCGGUCAUGGUGGAGCGUUGCGAGGAUAUCGACUGCACCGGCGACACGCACCAGAAGAGCGCUUGUCUGUCGUCGUUAUGUUUAACAGUGACACCAGCGCAUUCGGUCCCAACAUUGAUAUAUUCCGAGAGCUGUUAGAGCUACCUAAGCCUGCGCCAGCAUCGAUUCAGCCGGCUGCGAGUUGGGUUGGCGCGUUCCUUGACCAGGAUACCAAGCUGUCGAUUGUUAUCACCAAGGGCACACGGGAGGGAGAAGUGGCCAUCAGCUACGAUGGCGCUCCUGAACCUAUCAAGCUUAGUACACCGAAUCAUGGGAAGUCUGAUUCUAUGGUUGCGACGGUUGAUGGAGAUUUGUUGACUAUUCAUCGCGUGGGAGAUAACCGGAUACUCAGUGCUCGGCGUGUUGUUCCGAAUGAAUCAAUUCUUAAAGAUGCUUCAUUCCAGGGUGUCUACCACUGCGCCGAGAUUGAAUCUACCUUCCAUUGCAUUGGCGAGGAUGGCGUGUUAUAUGGUGCAUUUGAUGGAUAUCUGGGUCGAGGAAAUGCAACUCCAAUGAAAUAUCUGGGAGAUGAUGUUUGGGUCUUGACUUGUCCACGCGGUUUGGAUGCGCCAGCUCCAGGAGACUGGACCAUUGUCUUUUCUCGGGAUGAGCAUAAUGCAAUUCAAGGGUUUACGAUUGGCUGUUGGUUGGCUAGGAAGGUUGACUACGUGAAGAAACCCUGA